GUGAUAUCAUUCUAUGGACACAUGCUGUGGAAGUAGUAAUGGAGGCAUGUCCGGCAGCAGUGGUGGUGGUACUACUGAAGGAUCCUCAGAGGGAGAUGGUUGUAGUGGCUGUAACAGCAGCAGAAAGGAAGGUAUACGAAGAUCGGCUAAGGACCUCCUUACUCGCUAUUUGGACAGGCUUAUAGUGCCUUUAGUUCGCAAUGGAAUGAUCCGUUCGACUGUGUUGACGGCUCUCGAAUCGGCCUUGGAUUCCGGGCAAGUGGACUCCCUACUGGUCCUCAAGACAGCGAGGGAUGCCGGAGUGCCGAGUGUAGAUGUCCCUCCUUUACAUGGCGUUGGCCCUUUAGACGACAGUAAUGCCCUACUACCUAUGGGGCCUCUAAUACGUAUUGUGCGAUUCUUGGACCCUGUUGAUGCCGCCAGCUUGGCACGCACGAGCCGAUUGCAUGCAGACAUAGUGCGCCACCCAGCGACCGUUGGAGGGCUACUGGUGUCACCACAUCUACCCAGACCGUCACUACGAGCAGUACAGCAUCUCCUACGGCAUAACCCUCCGAGAGUCGGUGUGGACACACUCAUACAGCGUUGGCUAGGUGGUCACCUCGAAGGCCUGGACGUUGACUUUACUGCUACCAUACGUAAUGGUCGAGUUGAUUCACGGUCCAAAAGGGUAAUGGAUCGGUUAAGCAGCAUAGCAGACUCCCUGGACACCGACAUUCGCGUCGUGAGGUUUGCCAAAUGCUCUGACGUUGGACAGGACUUCGUGCCUAUCAUACGCACCCUCCAGAAUACCAAGGCAAUGACAGCAGUAACGUCGCUGACCCUGGUCGGGCUUAUAUUAGAACCUUCACCUCAAAGAUCGAUUCGGCUACCCCAACGUAUGGACAAUCUCAGGCGACUAGAGCUCACUCAGAUCACAGUCGUACGUGGAUGUGGUCUCCUACCCAGCAACGGCACUGUGAUAGCCCCACACCUCACGCAGCUCGUGCUUGCUAUCAGACCAGAAAGUGCUGCCCUUGAGGUUGUCGAGGCUCUCAUUGGUCGCGGAGGAGGAGGUUGUAUUUUGGAGGAGUUGAGGGUUCACAAUUUGAAGACCCCGACAGCAGUGAAUGCUUUGGCCGCAACACUUUCCUCGACGAUUUCAUCACAUUUGAAGUAUCUUGAAGUUGGCCCAUGGACUGAUGAUUUCCUAGCAAGAGUAGUUCCUACCUGUACGGCUCUUGAGGAGCUCUCCGGACUGGAUGCUCCCUCCGUUGCCAGUCCGGUUCUCAUAGAACUGGGUAUAGGUAGGCUGACCAAGCUCAGAGUGCUGCAUAUCAGUGUUACGGACGAGGACAGUCUUCGAGCGGUAGCCCGUGGUAUCAGAAGCUCGAGAGCCCUUCUUACGGAGAUCAGCGUGCAGUACUUCGGUCCUGAUUCCUUAGAAGCUACCCUUGCCUUGGUCAGACUGCGAAUAGCUUGCCCUCAAGUUACCACUGUCACCUUCCCUCGAGCCAACUUUAUGCGUUCAAGUCCUUCGACCGCCGAGCAUCACCACAUCUCAGCAGGAGAUACAUGCUUCAUGGGAGUUGCCGAGCAGAAGCUUGCAGAGGAAUUACGCCCAAGACUUAUAUGCAACUGUGCACUGUGCUUACUCCACGAUGAUUCCGAUAGCAACCUGGACCACUUUCAUCGUAAUGUUCAUGAACUGUGGUCGCUAUUGACAGCUGCUGAGCAAAGUGCAUAUGAGACUAUUGCUGCUGGUGAUUGAGCCACGUUGAUGAUGAAACUUUGCUGAUCCCGUCAGCCUGCAGGAGCUGCUGUCGUUAUUACCUCCCACCUUUCUGGGCUGAAAAGCCUAGCCCUUUUGAUG